UAUUUAUUGUGCCAUGUUGGAGAAGAAAUAGAAAAUAUAUUCCAUAUUCAACCUACACAAUUCUGAAGCUAUUUGGUAUUUAAGGCAGGCAGGUUUUUCUUCAUUUCUGUGUCCGAAUCAGACUAGACAUUAAAAUUCGUUAAACUAUGGCUGCAAAACUUAAGAUCAUACAACGAGAAACCAUCAGACCGUCUUCUCCGACUCCCGACAACCUUAAAAUCCUUAACCUAUCACUUCUUGAUCAGCUCCUUCCGAAUACUUACACACCGCUUCUUCUCUUUUACCCUGCGAAUGAUGGCGAUGAUCACCAUAUAGAUCGUCACGAAAAACUUCAGAAGCUAAAGAAAUCGCUAUCCGAUACCUUAACACAUUUUUACCCGCUUGCGGGAAGACUCAAAGACCAUACAUCCAUAGAUUGUAAUGAUGAAGGAGCUGAAUUUAUCGAAGCUCGAAUCGAAUUUCCACUCUCAGAAUUUUUCAGAAAUCCUGACACACCGAUGCUGGACUGUUUAUUGCCUGCAGCUGCAGAAUCCCCUGAAGCAGCUGAUGGUAAUCUAUUAAUCGUCCAAGCUACUUUCUUCGACUGUAGCGGAUUAGCGGUUGGGAUUUGCGUUUCGCAUAAAAUGACUGAUGCAGCCACCUUAUCUACAUUCGCCCAAUGCUGGUCUGCAACCGCUCAUACCGUCUUGAGUAAGACGGUGACUCCUCCUAUGUUCAUGGGUUCAUCAAUUUUUCCACCUAUAGACAUUUCGAUCCCACAUAACCCGAUUGACAUGAAGCUAAAAAACUACAGGUCAAGAAGAUUUGUUUUCACUGGCUCAAAAAUCUCCGCCCUGAGAGCUAAACUCGCAAGCGAAACUGCGUUAGAACCGACCCGAGUGGAAGCUGUUGCGGCGCUAUUAUGGAAAACUGCAUUGGCCGCGUUAAGAUCAAGAUUGGGAUAUUCUAGGACAUCUAUUUGGGCUCUAAUGAUCAACAUGCGUUCCAGGCUCGUGCCGCCCCUGCCUAAACACUACGCAGGUAACUGUUUGGGGUACAUCGCUCCAAAAAUGAUGGAUGAAGAUCACUGCGAGUUAGAAUUAAAAGAUUUUUUUCGUAAAAUAAGAAAAGAAAUGGAAGGAUUUAGCGAAAAUUAUGCGAAGAAGCUGCAAGGGGAAGGAGCUUCGCAAAAAAUUUGCGGAUCCUAUAAGGAGUUCGGAGAGUUCGGAAUGAGUAACGGUGUAGACUUCUAUGUAUGCACAAGUUGGUGCAGAUUUGGACUGUAUGAUACUGAUUUUGGCUGGGGAAGGCCUGCAUGGGUUAGUACUACCACAGGGAUAAUGAGCAAUGUUAUAGUUUUUAUGGAUACAAGAGAUGGUGAUGGAAUUGAAGCACGGUUAAAUUUGAGAGAAGAAGAAGAUAUGGCAUUUUUUGAGUCUAGUCCUGAGAUUCUUGAAUUUGCUGCUGUAAAUCCUAGUAUUUCUUAGAAAUUUGACUUCUGUUUAUGUUUGUUUUGAACAAGUUUUUUACAUUUUUGAUAUGUUUCAUAUUUG